CUCCCUGCUAGGGCCUGGCUCGCGGCUCGUUGCAGUAUUUUGGGAUGUUUUACACAGGGCAGGACAAAGACACGUUACCAGGCGGGAGCCCAGUCUGAACAGAUGUUGCUGCACCGGGAAAACAAGGAGAAGCUCCAUUACUGCUGCAGGAAAAGGACGACUCCGAGACGAUAUGGCUGAAGAUGUCCGUGGACUCUAAUUGUGUUUUGCUGUCAUCACGAGACUCCAGGACGUCCUGCCUCUUCCCAAACGAAGACGAGAAAGAUGAUGUCCCAGGAGAGGAGAGUGUUCUGGAGAUGCUGAGCUACUCCAAGUUCUCAGACCUGGAGACAUGGCUGUGCAUGCCGUCCUCGCUGCUGCUGUCCCGGGCCCUGGACUCCACCCGCACCUCCUCCUCCUCUUCCUCACAUUCAUCCAACCACUCCUCCUCUUCCUCCUCCUCUUCCCCGGCUUCAGACUCCCGGCGCUCCACCUGCAGCGACCCGGGACACGCCGGCACACCGCUCCG